AUGGUGGCGGAGACGGCGCUGAGCCACCGGGUGCCCCGUGAGGUGCUGAGCGAGGCCGACCUGGAGGAGGUGGCGCAGCGGAAACCUCCCGCCGAGCCCUCGCUGCGCGGUUGUCUCCGCAAGACCAGAUGCUCGGCCUCCACCGCCAAGUCCCUGCUCUUCAGGUUCCUGCCCUUCCUGCACUGGCUGCCCCGCUACCCAGUCAAGGACUGGCUGCUGGGGGACAUUGCCUCGGGCUUCAGCGUGGGCAUCAUGCACCUGCCCCAGGGGCUUGCCUACGCACUGCUGGCCGGGCUGCCGCCCGUCACCGGUCUCUAUUCCUCCUUUUACCCCGUCUUCCUCUACUUCUUCUUCGGGACAUCCAGGCACAACUCCGUGGGUCCCUUCGCCGUCAUCUCCGUCAUGAUCGGGAGUCUGACAGACUCUCUGCUGCCCAGCGAGAACUUUCUGGAGUCUGUCAACGGCAGCAACGCAACCGUCAAUGAGGCACAGCGGGACGCUGCCAGGGUGGAACUGGUGGCCACCAUCACUGUCCUGACAGGCAUCUUCCAGGUGGCCCUGGGCCUCCUGCAGUUCGGCUUUGUGGUGACCUACCUCUCGGACCCGCUGGUACGCGGCUACACCACCGCUGCCUCUGUGCAUGUUCUCGUCUCUCAGCUCAAGAACGUCUUUGGAGUCUCCUUGGGCGAGCACUCAGGGCCACUCUCACUGUUCGUGACCUUCAUCGAGAUCUGCCAGAAGCUGCCACAGACCAACGUGGGCACCCUAGUGACAGCCAUCAUUGCCAUGGUGGCCAUCUACAUUGUGAAAGAGCUCAACCACAAGUUCGCUGCCAAGCUGCCCAUGCCCAUCCCCAUCGAACUUAUCACGAUCAUCAUCUCCACUGGCAUCUCCUACGGCGUCAACCUGAACGCCAAAUUUGGCAUCUCCGUGGUGGGCAACAUCCCCAGCGGGUUGAAGCCGCCUGUGGCCCCUAACAUCAGCUACUUUGGGCAGGUGGUGGGCAACGCCUUCGCCAUCGCUGUGGUGGGCUACGCCAUCUGCAUCUCCCUGGGCAAGAUCUUUGCCCUGAAGCACGGUUACAAAGUGGACAGCAACCAGGAGCUGAUCGCACUGGGCCUCUGCAACUUCCUGGGGGGCUUCUUCCAGUGUUUCGCCAUCAGCUGCUCCAUGUCGCGGAGCCUGGUGCAGGAGAGCACAGGAGGCAACAGCCAGGUAGCCGGUGUCAUCUCAUCCCUGGUCAUCCUGGUGACCAUCCUGAAGAUCGGAGAGCUCUUCCGGGACCUGCCCAAGGCCAUCUUGGCUGCCAUCAUCAUCAUCAACCUCAAGGGCAUGUUCAAGCAGUUCGAUGACCUCCGCAUGCUCUGGAAGUCCAACCGAGUGGACCUGAUGGUCUGGAUUGUGACAUUUGUGGCCACUCUCCUGCUGAACUUGGACAUCGGCCUGGCAGCCUCGGUGGCCUUUGGGCUGCUCACCGUCAUCUUCCGCACCCAGCUACCCCACUACUCCAUCCUGGGGCGCAUCUCCGACACCGAUGUCUACAGGGACGUGGCUGAAUACCAGAUGGCACUGGAGGUCCCUGGUGUGAAGAUUUUCCGUUCCUCCUCCACCCUCUAUUUUGCCAAUGUGGAGCUGUACGCCGAGGCCCUGAAGAAGAAGAGUGGCAUCAAUGUGGACCGCUUGAUUGAGAAGAAGAAGAAGGCCCUCAAGAAGUUGAAAAAACAGCAGAAGAAAGCAGAGAAGGAGAAGGCAAAGAGGAAAAAGGAGAUGGAGGAUGGGCACAAUGGUCCAGGCGUGGCGGUGAUCGAGCUGAGCGGGACGGAAGGCAGCGCACCCCCGGAGCCCACCCUGCGCACCCUGGGGCUGCCCCAGCCUGGCUUCCACGCCAUCAUCUUGGACUUCAGCCCCGUCAGCUUCGUGGACACCGUCUCCAUCAAGAUUCUGAAGAAUAUCUUCAGGGAUUUCCAUGACAUAGAAGUGGACGUCUUCAUUGCCGGCUGCCCAGUGCCUGUCCUCGCACAGCUGGAACGGGGCAACUUCUUCAGCUCGGCCAUCACCAAGCACUGCUUCUUCCCGUCGGUGCAUGAUGCCGUGGUCCACAUCAGCGGGGAGCGAUGCCGGGCUGCGGUGGACCUCAGCACCAGGAUGUAGCCCUGAAAGAGGAAGACGUCUCCCCGAGGAGCUGGGCAGGCGAAGAGGGAUUUGUCACCCCGAUGGCACCAACUCACCCACCCCGGGGGCCCCGCACACCCACCAGCCUCUCUGAACUCGCAGCUGGGGCCCUGCCCCGGCCG